UUAAAAAUGAUAUCUGUUUUCAGUAGAAAGGACUUGGGUGCUUAGCUGGCAUGGCUUUGCACCAAUCAUAUCCCAUGUAAACUUGCUGGACUUGUUUGUCUCUUGCUUUUACAGUGGUAUGCUGCACUUCAUCUUCAGUUUUAGAGCAACCCUGUACACAGAAUUUCCAUUUCUCCCUAAAUUCAACUUUUCUGCUUUGUUUCACUGCUGAAAUAAUCAAGAAGACAACAUGGCAAGAUUGCUGUCAACCUUAGUUUCUGCAAAAUGGCUCUCUGGGGUAAUCAGAUCACAGCACCCUGGACUUGGACUGAGUUUGCAGGUGUUGGAUAUAAUACCUUUCCCUUCAAAGGGAGACCCCAGGAAGGAAUAUGAAGAAAAACACAUACCUGGAGCCUUGCUUUUUGAUUUGGAAGAGUGUAGUGACAAGAGUUCACCAUUUCCAGAAAUGCUACCAAGUGCAAAACAAUUUUCCAAAUAUGUUGGAAACUUGGGUAUUAGCAAUCAGACUCAUGUUGUUGUUUACGACAGGAGUGAUUUGGGAAGCUUUUGUGCCCCUAGGGCCUGGUGGAUGUUCAGAGUUUUUGGGCACAGUUCUGUGUCUGUGCUAAAUGGUGGAUUCAAGAACUGGCUGAAUGAAGGGUAUCCAGUAGAUUCUGGAACUGGAAAAAGCACUUCAGCAAAAUUCCAAGCCACACUCAACAGAUCCCCGGUGGUAAAGUUUGAAGACAUGGUAAAAAAUUUGGAGUCAAAGCAGUAUCAAGUGGUUGACACAAGAUCAGAGGGACGAUUUCAAGGAACAGAGCUGGAACCCAGAAAAGGUAUCCUAUCGGGCCAUAUUCCUGGAGCAAAAAACAUACCCUACUAUAUGCUUCUAAACAAGAAUGGAACCAUGAAGACAGAGGAUGAGUUGAGAGAGUUACUGAAAGAGAAUGGAGUAGAUCUUAACAAACCAUUAAUUGCAACCUGUGGGGUGGGUGUCACAGCAUGUCACCUUAAUCUUGCUGCUUGUCUGCUUGGUAACGACAGUGUAAAGAUAUAUGAUGGCUCUUGGUCUGAGUGGUCUCUGCGGGCCAAGACUGAACAUAUCUCUAAAGGAUUAGAAAAGAAUAUGUAAAUAUGAUUUUUUGUUGUCUGGCAAUUUAUCACCCAAUUUCUUUCUCAUCAAUCAGAGUUACACUUAUGUCACAAUGCAGAAAUAAAAAUGUAAGAAUUUUAUGUAA